GGCGGGCUCUUAGCGCCUAGGCGCCGCCUAGCCCAAUUUUUUGAAAAUUUCCUUGUGAUUCUUUGUGUUAUCGGCUUGAUCUUUCCUAUUCUGGUCAAGCAUGCAAUUGAAAAUUGUCGUUGAUGUUGUUUGCUAAAGAACAAAUAGCAUGCGAAGAUCACCUGUUAGAGCCUUUUGUUGAGAAUUUCGUACUGGAAAUCAAAGUCCACUUCGAGAUGCCGGAUAUUGAACUUAUGCACAUGUGGUAUGCUCUAGAUUUAGCUGUUCUUGCGGUUGGAGUGAUGGAAAAGACUACGACUAGUGAAAGAAAAAGUUUUCAUCAAGUUACAUUUGACCAUUUGAAAGAUCUACAGAACCAUUUGGAGGCUGUCAAUGACAUCCCUCGCAAGAUCAUGAUGGCGAAUGUCAUAAGUUUGCUUUUACAUAUGGAUGAUCUUUCUCUCAAUUUGGCUCGUUGUGCCUCACCAUGGAGCUAUUCUGAAUCACGUUACACAUGUGCUACAGAGCAAACUGAUCUAACACGUGAAGAGGGAAACAAAUUAGUUGUAUCUUUCACGGGGAAACUACUAGAUAUAUUACAUCACUGUCCUCCUUCAACUAUAAGUUUAUAACUGAACUAGAUCAUGCUCUAAGUGAUGGCGUAAGUAGGGGUGGAAGACAAGCAUUGGAGUGGAGAGCGUCAAUUGCUAAACAUUUGAAGAGUGGGAAUCGCAGUCGUCAAUUUUGCAGCGUCUUCUUUCGUUAUCUGAACGCCAGUGGCAGUGGAAAGAGGCAUUAACUGUAUUACGUCCCGCACCAUCUAAGCUAAUUAACCUGGAAGGGAGGGUGUGUUAUUGGCUGCAAUUCCAGGAACCAAAAUAUGGUCCCAAACUGCAAAAUAAUCUGCAUCCAAUGGCGGAGCCACAGUGGGGUCAGUGGGGUCGCACGACCUCUUGGAAGCCAUGGAAAUAGGCUUAGAGGUCCCUUGGAGCUGGGGGAGAGACCCCUUGGAGUUGCACACCAGGUGCUUGAUGUUUUUCCUGAGGAAGAAAGGAGCUGUGCGAGGAAGAAGAAGCUGCUGAUUUUUCAAAACAUCCUGGGCAAAACGACGUCGUUUUGACCCAGGAAUGUUUUUUUUUUAAAUGGCCUGGCCAGCAACUUCCCCAAAUGUCCAAACCCAUUGCUUUCAAUUAUACAACUUUACCAACGUUUAAUAUACAGAGGCCCAACAACCCUUUGUAUUUCCCAUUUCAUUGGGCUUUCAUGAGACAAAGUUUUAUGAAAAACAUAAAAAUACUUAAAUAAAUGUAAUAAAAUAUCAUGUCUAUGCUCCAUUCAACUCAAACACUCAAAUGGACUCCUAAAAUCCCAAAUUCUAUUAUUCUCUACCCUAAGUUCCCAACUAAAUCUCC